GUUGUAGCCUGCCUCAGUCUUCGCCGGCAGUCGACAGAGUCCUUCCCCACGAUCUGUCCUCCAAGUUUCCCGGUUCGCUCUGGGGACCCGCCGGAUAUCCGCCAUCAUUGCCGGAGUUCACGGUUUCGGCUUUCUCCUUGGCGGCGCCCAUACGGCGAUCGCCGGCGAGUCCUCUUUGAGCUACGCAAUGGCGGUGGCUCUUUCGUCGUAGUCUCUCUUCUUUCCUCUUUCUCUUUGUCGUCUUCUUUAUCUUUCUUGUUAAGAAAAAAUAGGUGAAAAAUGGGAUGCGUUGGAUCUUCGUCGAAGAAUGGAGAAGAGACCACCAAAAAGCUAAGGAAACCAAAAGCUUGGAAGCAUUCUCAACCACUUACUAGAGCACAGCUGAGACAAAUGCGUGAUGAGUUUUGGGAUACAGCUCCCCACUAUGGUGGUCAGAAAGAAAUUUGGGAUGCACUUCGAGCAGCAGCUGAAGCUGACCUAUCCCUAGCUCAGGCUAUUGUUGACAGUGCAGGCAUCAUUGUUACGAGUGCAGAUAUGACAACCUGCUACGAUGAGAGAGGUGCAAAAUAUGAGCUGCCCAAGUACGUCUUAAGCGAGCCAACCAAUUUGAUAAAUGGUUAACAAGGCUUCAACAGGAAGUGUAAAUCGUGUACAUUGCUUUCCUCUGGUUUGUUGGUGCUGACUGCAACUGAAAGGUUCCCAAAGAUUCCCAAGGUUUGACCAUCUACUAGCGACUCCAGACUCCUGUAAACUGUAAAUCUUACUGGCAGCCUUUUUUGUGGGAACACGUUCCUUCUUUGUUUACCCAAGUUUUUUUCAUUUGAAUGGUCAGCUGUUAUCCUCUUAGUAACCAGCGACUUUCUUCAGGAUCAUCCACGCUUUUAGUCCAUUCAGUACUUUAUUAUCCUUUACUGGACCCGUCUUUUGUUCAUCUAGUUAUGUGGUAUAGACUGGGUAACUUUGUCUUGUACUUUCUUGUUUUUCAUGGCAAUUCUUGGUAAUGAACUGGCACUCAUAAGGUUGCAAAUGGGGUUUUGGUUUGAGAGCUUGUCA